GACACACGGUAUCAAGGAGGCAGCCGAGGGCCAGUCAUCUCCUCACAUCUUUCAGCAUCUACCACAGUCCCCUUUAUCCGUCCUGUAUGGUGGAUAUUAUUUUCAGCUCUUCUUUCUUGGAUGAUAUGGGGGAUCAUUCCAAAAAGAAGCCAGGAAUCGCGAUGUGUGUAGGAUGUGGAAGUCAGAUCCAUGACCAGUACAUACUGAGAGUGUCUCCCGACAUGGAGUGGCACGCAGCCUGCCUGAAGUGCGCAGAGUGCAGCCAGUACCUGGACGAGUCCUCCACUUGUUUCGUCCGGGACGGCAAAACCUAUUGCAAAAGAGAUUAUGUAAGGCUGUUUGGAAUAAAAUGCGCAAAAUGCAACCUUGGAUUCAGCAGCAGCGACUUGGUGAUGAGAGCAAGGGAUAACGUCUACCACAUCGAAUGUUUUCGCUGCUCGGUGUGCAGCAGGCAGCUGCUGCCGGGAGACGAGUUCUCCCUGCGGGAAGAGGAGCUGUUGUGCCGGGCUGACCACAGCCUGCUGCUGGAGAGGAACUCCGCUGGAAGCCCCCUCAGCCCCGGACACAUCCACUCCAACAGACCGCACCUAGCAGCAGACCCGGUUUCGGUGCGGCAGGCCCCGCAUCGGAACCACGUCCACAAACAGUCGGAGAAGACGACGCGGAUCCGGACGGUGUUGAACGAGAAGCAGCUCCACACCCUGCGGACCUGCUACAACGCCAACCCGAGGCCCGACGCGCUGAUGAAGGAGCAGCUGACGGAGAUGACCAGCCUGAGCCCCAGGGUGAUCCGAGUCUGGUUCCAGAACAAGCGCUGCAAAGACAAGAAGAGGACCAUCCUGAUGAAGCAGAUGCAAUCGCAGCAUCACAGCGAUAAGUCUAUAAGCCUCUUCAAUCUUCAGGGCCUAACAGGGACACCUCUUGUGGCUGGGAGUCCUAUCCGACAUGAGAGCUCCAUGCAGGGAAACCCAGUGGAGGUUCAGACAUACCAGCCUCCAUGGAAAGCCCUUAGUGAGUUCGCCCUGCAGAGCGACCUGGACCAACCAGCCUUCCAACAACUGGUGUCAUUCUCUGAAUCGGGAUCUAUCGGAAACUCCUCGGGCAGCGACGUGACUUCUUUGUCCUCUCAGUUACCGGACACCCCUAACAGUAUGGUACCCAGCCCAGUGGAGACGUGAAACAGGGCCCCUCAGACCUGCAAGGACAAUUACAGCAUGAUCCCGGUCCCUGCAUGUGACCAGCUCAUCAUAUCGCCCAAACUACAGAGAGGAGAGUGUUUUUUAUUUCUUGACAUGGAGGAGAUGGAACCAAGAAAGCACUGAUUGAUUCCGAGUUUUUUUUUCGGGAGCUUUCAUUGACAAAAACUAAGCAGAACAAUUGUUGCAUGACUUAAUGGAGAAAGAUGUACAGAAGACCUCCCAGUGGAUAUACUACAAGAAACCUUCCCUCAAAAACUAAUUGGAAACAUUUCCGUGUCAGAUAGACAUUCUGCGAUUUUAUUGUGAUCAUAUUGUGUCUUGUUUCUUCAAUAUGAGAAAUGUUUGAUACAUUUAUUGCGUUGUCGAGUCCCGUUGACUCUUUGUCUUAAGGUCAGAGCAUGAUAAUCUGCAAAAAUAUUCGUGUUGUAAAAUACUUUAUCUUAAGGCCAGGUUGUUUGAGCUACUCGAACAAAAAGUAAAUUAUUGUUAUAUUAUUUAUUGUUAGGAGAGCGAUUCGUAAAGGGAUUAUUAACUGAUACAAAAUAAUAAUAAAAAACACGCUGAAUACUA